AUGGCUCCUACGAAGAAGACGAGUGGGUACGGUGUUAGCGGUGGCGGCCUACUCGAUCUGAGGGCUGAAGUCGCGCGACAGACCGAGACGCUCAAGGCACGGAAAGCGGCCGGGGAGAGCACAUCCAUUGUCGGCGGGGUGAAGAGACCAGACAAGAAACCGACCGUCUGGACUCGAGCCAACAAAGGUGUCAAGAAUCGUGCGGCACGAGAUCUCGAAGUCGAGGAAGCUAGCAAGGUCACGCAGGAGUCCAUUCAGGCCGCUCUCGAGCGGAAGGCCAAGAUAUAUGAUAAGCUGCGGAAGGGGAAGUCUGGGGGGCUGAACGAGCGGCAGUACGAUGCGCUUCUGGUUGAUUUCGACUCAAAAUACGACGAAGACGCGUACGAAUCUGACAGCGAUGAGGUGGAUGAGUCCUUGACUGUGCCAAAGGCUCCGAAUGAAGAGGAAGACGACCCCACCAUCGAAUACGAAGAUGAAUUUGGUCGCAUUCGCACUGCACCUCGCUCUGAAGUUCCAAGACAUCUAUUACCCAAGGAUCCUGAGUUUGAAGUUGCAGAUGACGAGGAUGUAAUACACAACCCCGUCAAUUUCUUCCCCGUGUACGAGCCCACCGCCGAACGGGUGAAACAAGUCGAAGACGCGUUCGCAGAGGCUGACAAUCCCCUGGCCGCCCGCUACGAUCCCACUCAAGAGAUUCGCGACAAGGGCGCAGCAUUUUAUCGCUUCUCAGCGGACGAAGAGGCGCGCAGACAGCAGCAAGAAGAGCUCCGAGCUGCACACGAGGAAACCUCGAAAGUGCGUCAAGAAAUGGGGGCCGCCGACGUCCGACCUGGGGAGGUGGAGGGCAUGCAGCCAGAAGAGGCCUCGCAGGCUGGACCGACGAGGAGUCGAGCGAUGGAGAAGCGGAAGCGGGAGAUCGAGGAGAGGAGGAAACUUUUGGAGGCGAAGCGGCGUAAGGUCAAGGGAGGAGACGUCAAAUCAGCGUCACCAACAGAACCGGCGGAGCCUUCUCAGCCUGCCGCUGUUGAUACGGCGCCGUUCGACCCUUUCGCUGCACUAGAGCAACAGCAAACGAAGCCCAAAGCAAAGGACAAGCAAAGUGGACAACACAGGCCUGCCGGUCCCUCUGGCGCCAAUCCAGCCGACGACUUCCUCGCUCAGCUCGAACAGGAUAUGCUUAAAAGCAGGUAG